UAGCUUUCUUAAUCGUCUCUGAAACGACCGAUAGUUACAGAAUAAUUAUACCUACGAGCAUGGAAAAAAUCCAAUAAGUAGAAAUACGAGGGUUUUUAAUUUUUAUUUGUUUUGUUUUGAUUGAUUUUAGAAGGUACAUAUUUUUUGAGCAUGGCGGCAUCAUUUAAAAUUGUAUCAACAAAAAACGUUGACAGCGGAAUCGUGGAGAUAUGUACGGUUCCAACAUGUUGGUUCAUCGAAGGUGAAAAGAAGUUUUAUUACCCACCUCCGAAACACGCUACAGUAAAAAGGAUUUCAUCUGGAAAAGAACCUAAUACAAAAUGGCCUGUGUAUUCGGUUGAAAAUAUUCAUCAUGUCUUGGACGAUUAUGAUAAAUGCAAGCCGCUCGAAGAACAGCUUCUCCAAUCCAGUUCGGCUUCAUUAAUUGCACCCCGUAGGGACGAAGUUCAUGAAAAAUCCGAUAAAGAUAAGGAAAAAUCCGAUAAAGAUAAGGAAAAAUCCCAUAAAGAUGACGAAAAAUCCGAUAAAUAUGACGACGAAAGCAGCGACAUAACAUCAGACACGGACAAAAGUGAUGAUACGACUCAUCCCACUCCUGAAAAUAAAAGAAAACGCGUGAAACGAUUUGUGGUGAAACCAAAACGAAUGAAAUACUUGGAAGAAGAUAUCAUCGAUAUCAAAAAUCGGCUUUUCUUAAUUGAGAAAUCUAAUAGAAGUCAACAAGAUGAUAUAAAAGAAAUUAAAAACCUCGUCAUCGAUUUGGCCCGUUCUUCUAAAAGACAUAUGGACUUCGAUAGCUUUCCACUUGAAUGCAUGGAUGAUUUUAUGCAAAUGGAAGAAAAACUGAAGGAUGUCGAUUAUUUUGAAUCGAUGGUAAUUCAUACUAAGAUACCUACUGAAUUUUUACUCGAGUACUUUUUUUUUUGUUUAGUUAGAAUAUUUAUAAAUUUUGAAUUUAUGCUGCAUAAAGGCUCACAUAGGAAUUGUGUAUAAAUGAAAUUCGAAUUAGUGAAGUUCUCAAUGACCAACAUUUUUUCUAUUAUUGCUCGG